CUCCAAACUAUGCAACAGGGCGGGGCAUGGCUCUGUGGCCCCUCCCACCCCCUUUGCUCGCUGACAGGUACACAGCCUCGAUGUAAAAACAAAAAGUGAAUGUUCCUGAUCACAAGUCCUGUUCUACCGGCGUGCAAGGGGCAGCUCUGACACUAGGAAGGCGGAGUGCACAUAAUCUGAAAGAAGACACAUAACUUGGGCUACACACUGGAGCCAUAGGCGACACUUUCACACACGCAGCUGAGGUCCACCUGUCUUCUUUGGAUUGUUUUGUCAUCGGCAGCCGCUCAUAGGUGAUCUGUCACCAUGUUCAAGAAAAAGAGCAGGUCCACUGCUAUAACCACGCCAAAACCAGCGUAAGUAGACUUCUUCAGCGACUGAUCAUUAUGUGUUUUUUCUUUUCGACAGGAUUUUGUUGUUUGGGAUAUUCUUGCUGCUUUAAGUGUGUAUCUGAAUAAUCAAAUAUGAAGUCAAACGCCAUUGAAAGUCUUCAUUGUAACGUGACCUUGCCUUGCACCGACUGAGACUAUCCGGGUUUGGCACUUGGGAGACACGUAUUCCUCCACCUAACUUUACAAAAUCGAUGUGACAGUAUUUGUUUCAGAGUAGAUUAUCAGCAGUGAAGCAUGUUAUCAUACAUUCUUCAGCUAAAUCAUUAACUCCCACCACCUUCAGGCUUAAACGACCAUGCAAAGUUGGCUGUGCAUCAACAAAGUAGACUCAUGUUUUGAUUUUUUAUUAAAUUUAUUAGCAUUCAUUAACAGAGUAAGGUCCACAAUGUUCCACGAGAGAACAAGUUGUACCAUUAUGAGAACUUGAGAACUGACAUUUCUGACAUUUUUGGUGAUUUUACUAGAUUGAACCCACUUUUAAGUGUGUUUUUUUAACCGCAAUUAGACAAAAAACAUUUUUUUGCAUCAGAUGUGGUAGCUGUAGUAGAUAGAAAGCUGUAAAUUAGGUUGUAUAAUGUGUGCUUUAACUCAUGUUAGGGUGUGGUUGAUAGGCAGUGCAGUAAAGUGGUAGUAACUGGUUUGAUAAGUAUUCCAAGCCAUUAAAGACAAUGCAGGAGGAUUUGCUCGCUGCCUCUCCCACAGCACUCCACUCCUGAUCAGUUAAAGUCUGGUUUUCCCACCUGGAAAUGACAAAGUGCAAUGAGCAAUGUGUUGGGUUGAUAACUUCCCUCUGCCUGCAUAUUUCUCUUCAAGGAGCAUCUUUAAAGACAGUUAAGCCCCCCCUGUCACUCAGCAGGUAUUAAGGUCAUCAGGAGCCUCCGUAAUAACACCCCUUUGGUGUAAAAUUCCAAGUUUCACUAAUCCGGUUUUUAAAUCACCGUCUUUUGAUUUAAGGUGUGGUCCUGAGACUGUCACACCUGCACCGGAGAGCAAAAGAAUGUCCCUUUUCCUGCAUUGUAUGUACAUGAAGUCUCUGUGCUGCUGUGCACUGAUUUAAAGGCUCUCAUUUGACUGCUGCUAUUUUGCUUUUAUUGGUUUCUACUCAUUAAGUGCCAACAUUGAUUUUUAAGUGAAGAUAAGCUUGAGAGAUAAACACUUCUUUACCUUGAAAACCGCAAACAGACAUCGUAGGAAUCCUAAUGAUGCAGCUCCACCCUUUGAAUCUUCUCAUGCUGCAUUUGCUCUUCAGGAUUUAGUCUGUGCAUGUAAAGAACACAAGAGCUCUGCUGAUAUCUGGCAAGUUGUCAGCCUGAACUAGCUGAAACACAGCUUUAAGUCAAACAAUCAAAACCUCAGAGCGUACGUUUUUUACCCAUCCUCUUAAACAAACAAAAUAAGGUGAAGUGCGGUAACAUAUUCCUUAUCCUUUCACUGAAGGAUUACAGAACAGAUGAGCAGUAACCCAGCCGCUGAAGUUCACUUCAAACAUUGUUUCUGUAAUCUGUUUGAUUAACAGUUUCAUUUAUGAAAUCUCUGAGACUGAGGCUUGAUACCCAAGCGGUUUCUGAAAGAGUCAAAAAAACAUCAUUCAUCGUUCAACUGCUUUUAUAGUGUUACAACAAAACUUAAAAGUCAAUACUCAAUGAAAUGAUCAGCUAUUGUUCUUAAAGUUGAAAACUGAAGCAGUAUUUAUUACGUUUCAUGUUGUGUCAAAUCGUAACACCUUGAAAUACACGUGCACACACAGAUACAGCAAAGCAGGCAGCUGAGAGAGAGAGAGAGCAGAGCCCAGAGUUCGCUUUGACACUCUUUGACAGCAGCAGUACUCCACACCCUCUAUGACAUAGUGCUGAAACUUUCUGGUUUCAAUUUGACCCUCUCCCUAUGGAAACAUCUGAGUUGUGUUUCUCAAACUUUUGCACCGGAGCCAGUUCUUUUCCCAGAAUCAACACGAACACACUCAAAACACUGAAGAAGAGCCAGUGAGCCUCCCUGGAAACUUACAACAACAAAUUUGGUGACUAACAGCUGCGUAUUAAAGUAGAUGAUUGGCAUUUCUUAGAUUUCUGGAUAUUUUUACAACUGAAAAUAUACUCUCGUAAACCUGGUGCAUUUAAUCUUGUUGAUUCAAAACAUAAUUAACAGAGAGAUAUGCAGUCUGUGUUAAAACAGGUGGAGAGAUCUGCAUGCGUCUGGUAUCGCAGGUUUAUGUUCUAACCUGACAGAAAGCACCUGAGGGUGUUUUUUUUUAUUACAGAGUCUGAGCGAAGUACCUCAGAACUCUACAGUAAUCGACAAGUUCAAACUUGUCCUGAGAUCGUUUCAUAUCGAGAAAAGCAAGGCAUUAGAAUUAAAGUUAGUGUCCAGUGUGUAUAAAACAGAUGUUAUGUAACAUGCACAUAAAAGGUGAAUGGGUGUGGUUUUGCUUGUGUGUGUGUAAAGAGAUAGCUGGCGGAUUUCAAUUGACUGGCAUGGUUAGUUUUGGCCUGGAGCCUGUUACUGAAACAAGUGCACACACAACCAGAGACAGUUCCCAGACUCAGAUUAACUCUCUAUAACUUGCAUUGUAUUUAACAUUGCUGUAGUGUAUCUUUAACAACACAAAGGAACAAUAUGAGUUAAAGUUCUUUUACUAUGUGGAAACAAUCUUGUUGUCUGUCUCUAAAUUACCCCCUGCAUAUUUUUUUAUAGGUCUUGAAAUGACUUGUUACUUAUUUGCAGACACAAGGGCAGAUGUCACAUACUUCAAAAAGCUAAAAUGAGCUAAAUCAGGUGCUUGUGCUUCUAUGCUGUUACAUAAAAACAUUGUUAGGGUGAUACGACUCGCAGCUGGACUGAAUUGUGCCGUGUUUUGCAUGAGCAUUUGCUUUUACGCUCAUCACAGUAAACAACAACUGCAGCAGUCAAUCUGCAAGGUCUCCUCAGCUUUGGUUAUCUGUCCCUGAGUGGUCAGGGUCUUUACCUGUUGGGCAUUAAAGUCAGAGAGCAGAACAGUGUCAGCAGCUGUUGUGUGCAUACGAAUGAAUUCUUGUUUGUUGUUUGUUUUUCUACAUUUUACAAGUUUUUAUUAUAUUAGCAGAAUGUGCAUGGAUCAUGUUUUUACAAUGAUUCAGAUAAGUCAGAUCAAGUGUUCUGGAUCCUGUUUUGGAAACACUCCCUUUAUCAGAUAUUUGAUAAAACCAGAUGUCACUGGGGCUUUAAUAGCAAUGAAAUGACCUCAUAGCUAUACGAACCUUGCAGUCAGGCACAGUAUAGAUACAGAACAUAUGUCUUUGUCUCUCAGUCUGAGUUCACUUUGAGUUAUUCAGAGAAAAAAUGAAUCCAAAAUCUGAAGGGAUUUUUUUUCCUGAAAACAACCUGUCAUACAUGUAAGCAUCUUUGUAAAGGACACUCAAAGUACACAGUGUUUCUGUCCCUGCUGAUAUUUAAAGCUCCUGUGAGGAACUAUCAGUGUUGACUUUGUCGCCCCCUGUGGACAAAAUGAUAACCCUUUUUAUUGUCGCUGAUUUCAUCUUUUCCUUUAGGAAGUGGUUCGAUGAUGAAAAUGUCCUCCUGUUGUGUUGUUUGUAAUGAAAUUUAUCACUUUGCUGUGAGGGGGGGAUAACAAAGUCUUUUCUUCCUCCUCUCAGCAGUUAGAUACAUUGAAAAUGAAAAUAUAGAAAUAGCUAGCAUUGUCAUGGGCAGUCUCCUUUGCUUAAGAACAUCACAGAGAUGCAAUAUGGUUCCUUUCAUGAUUCAUAACAACCCCCCUGCCUUUUCCUUUCAGGGCCCCAUACUCAGAGCUCGGUGCGUUGAUUGAACGACUGCAGGGAAAUGCUGAUAAGGUGGAAGGUCAAAUCGCGCAGGUUGAGCAGAGCCUCAACAAGGUACAGUCACUGAUAAAGUUUUCAAAGAGGUCUCAGAGUAUUUUUUCUUUUUUUAAAUCUGUUGAUAUCUUCUUCCCCCGAUGGUAAAAAUGAUCCAAUAAAAAGUGGCCCUUGAAACCACUGAGAUAUGUUUCUGUAUUUUUGACAGUAGUUGAGAGAAAAUCCUCACCUUCAGGGUUUAGUGUAGGCUUUUCUUGAGUUACUUUCAACCUAAAAUGUUUUUUUUUUCCCCUGAAGGACGUGAGCAAGAUCAAUGAGGGGAAGCAGCCGCUGUAUCAGGAUGACACCAACAAGAGAAUCCUGAACUGCCUGGAGCUGCUCGACAGCCUCGAUCAAGACGCUGUCAAAGCAAAGGGCCUCAAGCAUCCGCAGGCAGAAAUGAUUGAAAAAGAGUGAGUAUCACACAGCUGCUUUACCUCCUCGAAUCAAUAUCCUGCUGUGGAAUGUAGUAAGUAUCAACCAGCUGCACAAUUGGACAUUAUUUCAUUACUCUUCAAAUGUUUGAGAUAGGCCUGAAUCCACACAUGAAACUAUACAACAAGGAAUACAGUCUAGGCCUGUUUGUAAAGCAUGCUGAGAUACCCUUUGUUGUGAAUUUGCACAUUAUAAAUGAAGACUAAUUGACAAACCUUAAUUAAACCUUGCAUACAAUUACCAGAGAAGACUUUUCCAAGUGAAAAGUGUUUUGUUAUGUGAAUAAUACAACAACAGUAUGGUAUUCUCUCCAGUAUGGGCUAAUUAAAUCAUACCAUUUAACGUUGUUUCUGUCUGUGUUUAGCAUGAAGCAACUGCGGGAGAGAGUGAUGAAACUCAAAGAGGACCAUUCCCACAUCUACCACUUGAGCCGCACUGAGGGGAAGCCCACCAUAAACUGGGGAAACAUGAUGGAUGAGAAAAUGGUAGGAAGCAUGCGCAUGUGUACAAGAGCAACCCGAGAGCUGGUAGAUUUCUUGUUUGGCUUUUUAAAAUGUCAGGAUGAGCAGUGAAAAAAUGAAAAUACUUUAUGUCCUCCUUGAAGUUUGGCUGAAGUCUUGAGGGCACAUGGCGCCCAUCUUUUCUCAGUGGUUGAGCAAGCGUAAAACAUCGCGAUAUGUUAUAUUUUAAAGAAAACUCCUCAGCACAGUUUCAAAACUUCUUUUUAGGCUCUUUAAUCCAAGAUUUAUGGAUUAUUUGAACUCAUUCAGGGAAAUUUAGACUGUGAUAGCAUCAAAAGAAAUGAUUAAGAAGUGAUGCAAGGAGCCUACAAACGAUUGUCUAUGUAUUUGCUUAAAGAAAGCAGUAUUCACCCUACCUAACUUUACCCUACAUGGUUGGACACACAGCUUCAUGUUACUGCUAUUGUGACAUAAAUGUUAUUGCGACUCUUUUGCUGCUGGAUGAUUGAUGGGAAACUGCUGACAUCAGUUUUUUAUCUUGUUUUACUGACCCCAUGUGGCAGAAACAAAUUAUUGCAGCUUUAAAAGAAGUUUAUUAGAGAGCUGAUUUCAUUAGUUGCGUUUAGUGGUAACUUUUUACUGGAGGUUCUUUGUUUUUACGUUAAGAACUAAUCCUUGCCAGCUCAAAUGUAGUUCAAGCUUAGAAGUAGCACGAAUAAAUGGCAGCGGUGUAAUUUACAGCUCAUUUUUUUUAUCUCCUUGCUCAGGAAAAUCUGAACAACAAAGGCUUUGGCCAAGACCUGCCAAGUGUGGAGAGUGAAGUCGAGGAUCACAACAUCUUCCACAGUGAGGUGGAGGCUCUGGCUCCUCAUCUUGCAGCCGGUGGAGACAAGGUACAAGAAAAUCAGGGGAAAAAAGGAAUGAGAUUUAUCAUUAAUAGUGCUUUUCAUUGGAAAAAAGUUCUGCAUUUAAAAAAAAGUCACCGAAACAUUUCCUGGGUGGUGUUAUUCAUCCUUUAUUCUGUCCUUACAGGAAUACGUCAGCGGUCUCCAGAUGAAGUACAACAAACUGCUGGUAAUCCAACUAUAAAAAUAAACACACAUUCAUCAAAUUAAAAAUCCACUUAAUCCACCUGAACAAACACUCAAGUGCAAGUCAACCCUCUUAAAUGGCAUUUGAUGGCAAACUCUGAAAAUAAAUUCGAUUAAAUACAUUAAAUAUUUCCCAAAAAAGUAGUGCACGUUUCUCUGAGGCCUCUUUUCAAUAAAGCUUCCACUGUGUCAUCUUAAAACUAUAGAUUUCACUAGAAUGUCUUAUUCUCCAACAAAUGCCAUUUAAAGAAGUCCUCAGAAGUAAAACCUUUAACUAGAAAAUGUAACUAUUUUUUUUAGAUGUUUUUAUUUUACCUUGAUUUAUUUUGUCAACGUAGCUCGCAGGCUUCCUUAGAAUUGAGUCGCCGUGUUGUGCUCUAUUUUGAAGUUUAUCCUGUCAUCUGUUAGAACAAAUCAGGCGAACGUCAGCGCGACCUGCUGAGCUUGCGGGACUAUAUGCAACGCUGCACUAAUGAGCUGUACUGGAUGGACCAGCAGGCCGAAGACAGGAUCAACUAUGACUGGAGUGAUGCCAACUUGGACUACCCUGCCCGCCAGAGGCAGUAUGAGGUAGCUAAAGGGAGCAGAGACGCAAGCUGCACACACUUCCUAGAUGACAGAAUUUGAUUCAGAACUUAUUGCAUCUAUCUUGCUCCGACAGAACUUCAUCAGUAAAUGUCUGGAGUCAAAAGAGGCCAAUGUCACCAAGCUGAAUGAUGAUGGGGAGAAACUGAUUGCUGCAAACCAUCCUGGGAAGAAUGUGAUUGAGGUACAGGCUCAUCUGUUUACUUUUAUGGAUGUUAUUUCACGUCUUUGGAUGAGUUGGAUGCCCUGUGGAACCAAUGGAACUGCCUGACCUGUGUUUUUACGGAUUUGCAUAGCUUUUUAAUCUUCAUACAUAACUAUCCCUUGAUAAUUGUGAAGACUUUUGGGGUUAAUUAAAGAAUUUAGAUUUUUCUUUUUAGGUGAAGUGUGUCUUAAAUUAACUUCAAUCUGUUCAUUUCUUCUAAAUGAAUGCAUUAUUGUUUGUCAGGCUCACAUGGAGGCAGUCCAUGCUGAUUGGAAAGAGUACCUGAACCUGCUCAUCUGUGAGGAAAACCACCUCAAACACAUGGAUGAGUACCACAAGGUUAGUGAAAGAUUUGGAAACGGCGUAAACUCUCACUUGAUUUUAACAAGAGUUAGCAUUCACCACAGUCUGUUUAUAUCUGUGUCUAGUACCACAAGGAGGCGCGUGACACUCAGGACCUGCUGAAACGACUGGAUACUGAAGUCAACCAGAAGUACAACCCAGAGUUCAAAGAUGUGUAUCAAAUGGAGGGUCUUAUCGGAGAGAUCGAUGUAAGAAUUGCUUCAUAUGGAAAUGGAUACUUAGACAUAUUUGACCUUUUUUAACACUGGCUAACAUCUCUCCCUCUGUAUGUGCAUGUGCUUCUAUAGGACCAGGCCAAAGCCAUGGAGCACUUUGAUGAACGGAUCCAGGCUCUUCAAAAGCGUAGCUUGCAGGUUCUGCCCCUAAAGCAGCGUCGGGAAACCCCUCAGAAGCUGCUGCCCGUUGAAGCGCUUUGCGAGUUUGAUACAGAUGAGGUAGGGAACGCAGGUUAAAAGCUGAAAACAAGGUUUAAUUUUUCUGAUGGAGAUGAGGAUAAUUUCAGAUAUUUGGUAAAACCCUGUGACAGAUGAAUGCUGAAGGAUCCUUUGAAGUGUUAUAAAUGACUUUUCAAAUGGAGAUGAAACAGCCCUUUCUAACAUUACAGGAAUUACAGAUUUUAAUUUCUGCUCAUUUACAGGGCCAGAUUGUGCGUGGAGAAAGCUACACUCUGCUCCGCAACAAUGGGCCCAAAUGGGAUGUGAAGGACGCAGCUGGACGUAAACUUACCGCUCCGGCUGUCUGCUUCAUGAUCCCUCCCACAGACCCAGAGACAGUUGCCACUUCUGAUAAGUAAGUGUGUAAAACAUACAUUUACCUCUUCAUGGAUGUAAUUUGUCCUAGCAUAGCUGUAACUGUUUUUAUUUUCAUCUGCAGCCUUGCAAGUCAGCAGAAAGCUCUCAAGCAGAAGACAGCAGCUAGUAAGGCAGGUCUGUUGAAACGCUUUGAUGAGCUGAAGAAGGCGAGUGGGGCUGGCACCGCUUCAGGUACAGGAUAUAUCAUAACUGUCUGUAUUUUUACCUUUGUAUCGAAUGAUCAGGAUUAAUUCAAGUAAUGAAACUCACUUUACUGUGUGUGAUCUCAGACAAGGAUGAGCAGCAGUGCCGCCAGCUGAUGGCUGGUCUGGAUAAUGUCGUCAAUAAUCUGGACAAACAAGAGAAGGCCAUUUAUGCCAGAGUGCGCCCACCGCUGGAGCCAAACAGGCCUCUGCAGGACAGUGUAGACCGUGUGCAGGAUAUGAAGGUAAGCAACCGGUGCAUUGCUUACUUCAGGCCAGGACAGCUAUCGAAUCUGCUUUUUACAACACGUUGACCCUGGUGUUUCCUUUAGGACAUUGCUUCUGCUGUCGGUAAGAUUGAACCAGAGAAGUCCUCUAAAGUACAGGAGGCAAAGAACUUCCUGAUCGCAAACCCGAACUGUGCCAGCGCUCCUCAACUCUACAGCAAGGUGGACGAAGCCAGCAAGAAGUACGACAAGGUUGAUGAGCUUCUCCGGUGCUCUCAAGACAAGUAAGGGAGCAGACUUUAAAUCUGGGUUUUUUUAACGUUACAGUCUGUUUUGUUGGAUGACAUGCAUUUCUAAUCCACUCAUAAUUCCCCUUUUAGACUGAAGAGUUCCAAUCAGUUGGAGACUUCUAUACAAAAUGGAAAGACUUUGCUGUCCACCUUUGAGAACAAGCUGGCCAGGGAGGAGGUUGCACCAUCUGACCUAUCAUCACUCGAGAAAACUCAGCGGGAACUUGCUGUAAGAUUGCACUGUUACUUUUAUUCUUUAGCACACAUUUUAUUUAAUAAUCCACUUAAAUGCAUCAUAUGAACAUCACUUUGUAGGAUGUUGGAGCAGAACUGAGGUCCAAGAGGGCACAGAUCGCUGAGAUAGAGCAGAACCUGCGUGCGGCUAAAAACAGCUGCGACAACAUGAGCGGCAAAUGUCAUGAGCACUGCCCUGACAUUGAGAGACAAGAGGCAGAAGUCCAGAAGCUCACCAAACGCUUCAACAACCUCAACAACCAGAUUGACACUAGGUAAGAGGAUCAGGACAUGAGCACUUUUGAAGUAAUGAGAAGAGAACUUAGUAGUUAGAGAUGGAGAUCAUGAGCAUGUCAUGAUCUUCUCCUCUUUCAUUGGAGUCAAAGAGGAAAUUAACAGCUUAUUACUUUGAUUUACAUGCAAGAGCUUAAUGAUCCCAUUUAUUGCCUGUUGCAGAGCUCAGUGCUUGCAGAGAGCCAAGAUGGCGUACAAGAACUACAACAGUGACUAUGACAAUCUCAACAACUGGUUGUCUCGUGUCCCAAAUUACGAUCCUCGUGAAAGUGAUGACACUGCUCAAGUGGAGACCAAGCUGAAGAAUCAGAGGGUGAGACUGAUGCGCUGAUGGGGUUCAAGUUUUGCUCAUUUCUGGUGUAUUUCUGGGAUAUUUUGUCACUGAUGCCGCAGGAAAAAGUUAACACUAUCUCAUCUGUCUGCUACAGAACCUGCUCUCUGAUAUUGCAAAAAAGGAAUCCGACUUGAACAACGUCUCCAAAAAUGCCCAGCUUUACCAACAAGCUAUAAGAGUAAGAUAUACAUUCUCCAUAAAACCACCAAGUACAAAAUUUGUAACAAAUUAGAUAAGCUAAAGGUUUAAUAAUGGUUCUUCUUUCUAGGACUAUGAGAAUGAAACAGAGAAGUUCAGAGCCAUCCUUGACCUCGAGGAUGGACUUGUACCUCAGACUUACAAGAGGAGCAGACUGGAAUCCCCUGCUCUCACAGUCAAGUCACAGGUGAGGCACGACAGUCAAAUUCUGUAAAAAUUAAAAUUUUUCUGGUCUUGUUCAACUACAUACUCCAACGGCCAUGUGCUGCCAAAAGCAAACUAUAUUAAAGUCAUCAACAACCUUGUACUUGAUGCCACAAAAAAAUGGUUUAAUAGAUGCAGAUGAAAUAAAAGAUGCUCUUUUACAUUUGCACAAUAGAAAUAAUUGCGAGGUUAAAUAAAUGAAUGACCCAAUUGAGGCCUCCAAUUGAAAAGAGUCCUAACUCACCCCUUUGGUGUCUCCUUGACUCAUUGUAGUUCUCUGAAUAUAGAAUAUAUCUCUAACCUGAUUUAAUUCAAUUUAUCCACAUGAUUACAGGAAGCUGCCAUUGGUGCAAGGUUUACUGAGGUGAAUGCAGUGAACAGGCUGAGGCUGAAUAACCUGGAGUUUGCCCAAGGUGUUCUCAAACAGGUGAAAAAUCAUCACAAUAUAAAGACAAGUGAUAUGGAUAAGUCAUUGAUGAAAAUAACUAAUAUUUUUUUUUUCCUUUUCAGCAACCUUCGCCCACUGUGAUCCAGUCAACAAAUGUCAACUCAGUCUAUUCAUCCGCUCAGGGUGAUGAACCUUGGAGAGUCAAGAAGCAGCUGGAAGAUGAAGUCCAAAGACGUGAGCAGCUAGAGAGAGAAAUCGAGAUUAUCCAGACAGAUAUCUAUGUCCUCGAAGGGCAGAAGCCACAAGACACAAUAGUUAAAAAGGAGCUGAUUAAAAAAGUACCUGACCCCCAGCUAGAUGAGGAAGUCCAUAAAGUGCAGCAGAAGCUGUCAGAGGAGCGCCGCUCAACCCACGUCAUGGAAAAUGACCUUGAGGUGCUCAAGCUGAAGUUGCGCGGCCUUGAGACUGAGGUCAAAGAAGGGGCACAGCAGUUCACAGUGAAGGAGGUUCUGCGUAUAGAGAGAGACCGAGGUCAGGAGGAAGAAGUGCGCAGGCUCCGAGAGGAACUGGAAGAGCUAAGAAGGCAAAAAUCAAUUAAAGACAAUGAGAUCAUCGAGAUUCAGAAGCAGGUGACACUCCUGGCUGAAGAAAAGAACAGGGAACAGGAGGUGAUUACUGAAGAAGAGGUCAUCAAAGUCCAGAAUGAUCCCCAGCUUGAAACUGAGUAUCGAGUGCUGCUUGAUAGGAAGCAAAAGGAAAUGGAUGGCAGGAAACAGCUGGAGGAUGAACUGCAAUUUCUUCAGGAAAAGCUACAAAGAUUGGAGAAGGAGAAAUCAAUGGCAGAGGAAAAGAUUUCCAUCAAGGAGGUGCUGAAAGUGGAGAAAGAUGUUGCCUUUGAAAGGGAGGUAGAAAAUCUCAGAAGGCAGUAUGAGGAUGAGAAGGCCAAGCGAAGAUCAUCACAGCGAACAAAGGCUGAUCUCAUGAGGAAAAUUACCAGCAUGGAGGAGGAGAAGUCCAAGGUUGUUAUCCAAGAAAAGGUGCGAGAGAUAGUUCGCCCAGACCCCAAGGCUGAGAAUGAGGUAGCCAAUCUCCGCCUUGAACUUGUAGAGAACCAGAGGCGCCACAAAGAUGCAGAGCUUCAGUACAGAUCCCUGCAGGAUGAACUGACCAUGCUGAGAAACAGAGGACCACAAGUGGAGGUCAAAGAGAUCAUCAAAGAAGUCAUCAAGUACAAGACGGAUCCUCAGACUGAAAGAGAGCUGGAAAGACUUCGGAACGAUAUUGUCGAUAAAACUCACCAGAUCGAAAAAUCUGAGAUGGAAACUCGCCAACUACGUGAUGAAAUUUCAAGAUGGAGGGAGACUAAACCUCAAGUGCAAACCAAAGAGGUGGUCAAUGAAGUGCUGCAGUAUCGAGAAGACCCCAAGACCAAGGAGGAAAUUGAAACUCUCAAGAGGAAGCUGGCUGAAGAACAAAAGAAACGUCUCGAGCUUGAGAAUGACCGUUUGUCCCAAGAGGAGAAAAUCAGAGUGAGGAAAAUCGAUCUGUCUCAGGUCCGUGAGAAGAUUGUUCAACAAGAGGUGGUCAAGAUGGAAGAAGAUCCUCUCCUCAGGUCAGAGUGUGACUCCUUCUCACUGAACAUCGGCAAUGAGCAGAGACAAAAGGAGAGCCUGAAGACGGAGCUCUACCAACUGCAGAGACAAAAGGCCGACUUGGAUCUGCAACUGGAAGAACUUGAGCGUGAGCGUAGAGCAAGACGUGAUGCAGAGCUGGAGAUCCAGAGGCUUAGAAUAAGACUGAAUGAGCUGGAGAUCCAUGACAAAGAGAACCGUGAAAAAGUUACUGUCAAACAGAAGGUCGUUCUACAGCAGGAUCCUCAACAGGAGAAGGAACACUCCAUCCUUAGACUGCAGCUUGACGAAGAAAGGCACAAACGUACUCUUCUCGAGAAAGAGCUAAAUGCUCUCAUCCAGCAGCAGAUCACUCUGGAAAAGAUGGAUGUGAAGGAGAGAGUUGUCCGCACUGAGAAGGUCCAAGUCGAGAAGGAUCCAGAGGCUGAAAUUGAGAUCGAGAAUCUAAAGAGAGCUCUGGAGGAGGAGAAAAGAAGAAGGCGAGACCUGGACCAGGAGUAUACCUCCCUCACAACAAGGCUCUCUGAAAUGGAGUUCUCCAACACCAAGUCUACAAAAGAAAUCGACUACAUCCGUGAUGAAAGCAACAGACUACAGCAAGAAAAUCAAAGGCUGCAAAAUGAAAUUCGCAAGCUUAAGUCUGAAAUUGAGAUCACCAGCAAAGAGACGCGGCUCAUCACUGAAUCUGCUCCAAGGGAGGACGGAAAGAACCUUGAGUUGAGGCUUGAUUCUCUACAGAGGGAACUAGGGGAGCUGAGGGGCAUAACUGCCCAGAAAGAUGAUGAGAUCGAGAAGCUUCAAAAGAACCUGUCUGCAGUGAGAAUGAAGAGGGAACAGAGGGAGAGUCACCUCAAGAGGUCUAUAGUGGUCAUUGACCCUGAUACAGGCAAAGAGAUGCGUCCAGAGGAGGCCUACAAACUUGGGCUGAUCGACUGGAAGAUGUUCGUCAACCUGCAGAGCCAGGAGUGUGACUGGGAAGAAAUCACAGUCAAAGGCCCCAGGGGAGAAUCCUCGGUUCUUCAUGACAGAAAAUCAGGGAAAAAGUUCUCUAUUGAGGACGCUCUGCGACUUGGUCACAUCACAAAUCGCCAGCUUCAGCAGUACAUAAACAAAGAGAUCUCCAUCCAGGAGUUUGGUGUUUUGGUGUCGGGGCAGAACAAGUGA